AUGGCUAGUCUGGGCGGUGGCGGCGGCGGCGGUCGCGGUGGCCGGAGCAGCGGUGGCGUUGUGGGCGGGUACGGAGACCUCCCCGGACUCGGGAGCGAUGCGCACAGAGGAAUCGAAGUCGACGGCGAGGAGUCCAGUUCGUCUGCUUACUACAGCGACGACGACGAGGGCAUGGAGGCGCCGCUGUCCAUGGAGCAGCGGCUGCAGCUGGCUGAGAUCUGGAUGGCCAACCCUACCACGAGCCAUCACUGGAGCCAUGGAUUGGGUGGCGUACUUACUACAUCUCAUGUUAGUGAGGAAAAAUUAGCCACAGUUUUAUAUGAAGAACCUGUUGUGUAUGAUCUGAGAGAUCCUCCUGUGCUUGCUGUUAAUGAUCAUGGUGUUGUUUAUGAGAGUCAAAGCAGCAACAGUAGUGCAGUAGUACAACCUGCUGGUAUGUGCACACAAGAGAGCAGAAAUGUCAGUAAGAGGAAGCUCAAAUCUGUGAUGGAAGAAGAGGAAGAGGAGGGAUAUAAGAGUACUGAUGAAUCUCAAGGGGCAUAUGACAGUGACAACAACCCUUUCUGCAUGAAGAACUACAGGAUUGCUGAAGACACAGAGAUAAUAGAGGGAAAGAGGCUAGCAGAUGCAGAACUAGAAGAGGAUGCAGAUUCAGAUGAAGAUUCAGAUAAGGAACAGCUACACUAUGAGGGUGACACUGAGGUUGAGGAGUUGUUUGAUAUUGAGGAGGAUGAGGAGGAAGAUUCUGAGAAGGAGAAGGAACCACCCAUGAAAGCAGCUGGUAAAAAGUGGCAAAAGCUGCCAGUUAGGAGAGGGCCCACCACUAGGACACAUUCUAAUGUGUUAGAGGACUUGAAACCAGAUUUCAGACCAUCAUCAGAUGAAGAAGAUACUGGGUUGCUAUUGGAUAGUGAAGAUGAUGAAUUUGAGCCACUAGCAUUUGUCCUACCAAAAGGAAGGAAGAGUAGGGCCAUGAAAAGGCCAGCAAGGAUAUGGUAUAAUGAAAAACUGGAUUGCAGCAGUUAUCAAAGGGGAGAAGACAUUUGCAAUAAAAAAAUGAGGCUGCAGCACACUUGCCCUAGCACUACAGAGACAUCAAGGGUUAGUGCAAAGUGGCUUGCACAGACAUAUGAGUCCCUGUCCAGGUCUGAUCCAAACACAAGUAUUUUGACUCUGAUUGACAACUGCAAUGAGAAGUAUGGUAUUGAUGUGCCCAAGCACAUGGCCUAUAGGGCCAAAAACCUUGCUGUAGAGGCUGUUUUAGGAGAGCACAAGAAACAGUAUCCCAGGCUGAGGGACUAUGCUCAAACAAUCAUGAAUACAAACCCUGGGAGUAGAGUUAUAGUUACAACUGUAACCCCAAAACCUACUACAAAAAUACCACAUCUAGGACCAAGGUUUCAUGCUAUGUUCUUCUGCAUCAAUGGAGCAAGGGAGGGCUUUCUCAGUGCAUGCAGACCAUUCAUAGGUGUUGAUGGCUGCUUUAUUAAGCUCACCACUGGAGCUCAAAUACUUGCUGCCACUGGCAGAGAUGGCAACAACAACAUUUUCCCACUGGCAUUUGGUAUUGUUGGACAAGAGGAUACAGCAAAUUGGUGUUGGUUUCUGCACCAACUGAAGAUAUGUCUAGGAGGAGAAGUUGGACAAUUUGGUCCUUAUACUAUCAUGUCUGAUAGACAGAAGGGCCUACUAAUUGCAAUUUCUCAAGUAUUUCCCAACUGCCACCAAAGAUUUUGCCUUAGACACUUGUAUGCAAACUUCCAGAAUGCUGGGUUUAGGGGAGAAGAUCUUAAGAAAUGCAUGGAUAAUGCUAGUUAUGCUUAUAACCAAUACAAGUUUGACAUUGCAAUGAAUGAUCUAAAAAAUGAGAGUGAGGAAGCUUGGAAGUGGCUGAGUGGAAUACCUGCAAGAUUCUGGGCUAGGCAUGCUUUUGACACAAACUGUAAGACAGACUUGGUUGUUAACAACCUAUCUGAGGUGUUCAACAAGUACAUCCUUGAUUUUAGGAAAAAACCUAUUAGGACUAUGAUUGAUGGUAUUAAGAAUAAGCAGAUGGUGAGGUGGCAUAGGAAUAGAGAGAGUGGAAAGGCAGCUCUGUGGGAGAUCACACCCCAUUAUGCUGAGAAGUUAGAGGUGGAAAAGGAAAGGGCCAGAUUCUGUAAACCCAUUCAAGCUGGUGUUAAUCUAUGGCAAGUAACCAGUGGGCAGCAAACACAUGCUGUCAACUUGGCACUUCAUACAUGUGGUUGCAGAAAGUGGGACCUGAGUGGGACACCAUGCAACCAUGCAAUAUCAGCAAUUAACAAGGCAAAAAGGUUUCCAGAGGACUAUGUCUGUAAAUUCUUCAAAAAACUAUUUUACCUAGCAGCUUAUGAACCAAUGAUAUAUCCUGUUCCUGGUGAACAUGAUUGGACAAAGACAACAGGACCAGACAUAGAGCCACCUAAAUUUCAUGUGAAGAAGGGAAGAAAGAGAGACAAGAGGAUAAAGGGCAGAUUUGAGGUUCCAAAGCCAAAGGAGAGUUCAAGAAUGGCCACUAUAACAUGCAGCAACUGUGGGCUGCAAGGCCAUAGAUACACCAGCUGUAGCAAACAAUUGAAACCAGAGUUGACUUUGAGAAAAAAUAAGCAUGUGGCAUCUAGAAGACCAAGGAAUGUUGAUGAAGCAAGGCCAGAGGCUGCACCAGCAAGGGCAGAGGCUGCACCAGCAAGGCCACAGGCUGCACCAGCAAGAGGAGAGGCUGCACCAGCAAGAGCACAGGCUGCACCAAGAGCUGGUGCAAGGCAUGGUGCUGCAAGGCAUUCAAGGCCUUUCUCUGCACCAAGAGCUGCUGCUGGGGCUUCCACUUCUGGUGCUUCCACUUCUGUUGGCCCUACAACUCAUACUGGAUGGAUGUCCUAUUUAACUGCAAGUGGAAAUACCUGA